UGGUCCUUAGAAAAAAAUAUAUAAUUCCGUAAUUUACAUGUUUUUUUCUUUUUCUUUAUGAACUAGGGUUGAAACAAUGCCAUACCCAGAUACUCCUUUUGAAGAUAAUUUUAAUUCAAGCCUUAUCAUUGGUUUGAAUGAGGAAGAAUACAGCACUGCGAUUUUAAAAGAUCAUUUUGAGAAAACCUCGAAGUGGCUGUGUUCUUCCCCAAAAAUAACUUCGUACAGAGUAAAUUACUUAAAAAGUAAUAGUGAAGAGGUAUUAGAAAUGACGCGCAAGUAUAUUUCCAAGGUUUUAGGUACAAAUUCAGUAAUAGUAGAAAAGCAUCUUUUAAUUCCCAAUGUAAUUGUUAUACAGCAUGAUCUCGAAAAGAAAAUAUUGGAAAAAUAUGAUAAAGAGGUUGUAGUAGAUGUAGAUUGCGCCUCAGCAGUCUUACGAGGAGCUCAUAUUUACGCCCCAGGAGUUUUAGCUAUGAUGUCAGGUACUCAAGUAGGUGAUAAAAUAAGUAUAUACGCUGAUUCUAAGAAAAAAUGUAAGAGGGGACUACAAAAAUUGUACGAAGACAAUGGUAAAAUUUUUAUUGGUAAUGGAGAGUCAAAGAUGGUACGACAUGAAUUGUUCGGGGAAAAUUUGGCACUGAGUGGCGUAGCAGUACAGGUAAUCGAUACAAUAUCGGGUUGUCCAUCACUAGGGGACAAUUUUCUACCACCUGGUUUAGCAUUGUUACAAAACUUGCCUUCAAUAUUAUGCGUCUAUGCCCUGGAACCUCAGCCAUCUGAAAAAAUUCUCGAUAUGUGUGCUGCCCCGGGUAACAAGACCACUCAUAUAGCUGAAUUGAUGCGAAAUAAGGGAGAUGUAGUGGCCAUUGAUAAAACUUUAAAGAAAACUAACCAAUUGAAAAAUCGUUGUGCAGAAUUUGGUGCCAAAGCGCACAUAUUUGACGCUGAUUCUACUAAAAUAUAUUCUGACGAUUCAGUGAGAAAAUGUGUUGAAAAUGGUCCACCUUUUUCGUCAGAAACGUUCGACAGAAUUUUACUUGACACCCCUUGUAGCGUUCUUGGAAAAAGGCCACAACUGGUCAAUAGUACAUCGGAAAAAGUGAUUAGGUCUUAUGUGCCGUUACAGAGAAAAUUGUUCAAGACGGCUGUGAAGCUUCUCAAAGUGAACGGAACUUUAGUUUACAGCACCUGUACUAUAACUUUAGCGGAAAACGAAGGUAUGGUUGCUUGGGCAUUGAAGACGUUCGAUUGUUUGGAACUUGUUAAACCCAAACUGUGUCUGGGAGGUCCUGGAUGGGAAGGUACGUCCUUAAAAGAGGAGCAAAGACUUUUGGUACAAAGAUUCGGACCGGACCAGCCAGUCGAUUCUGUUGGAUUCUUUUUUGCUUGUUUUGUCAAAAAAUCUAGUUGUGAAAACCAUUGAUUUAUAGUAGAUUGAUGACAUAUUAUUUAAUAUACAAAUUUUUAAUCAA